AUGUGGAGAUUUUUCAGUAUUUUUUUAUUCCUCAUUUUUAGUCGCGUGUUCUGUGAAGUCUCCGAUGAAGAAGAAUCAUCUGGAAGUGUUGAAAAACGGCAAACGUUGACUAUCCAAGAAUUCCCGGAUCUUAAAAGUCGUCAGAUUCCUUAUCUGUGAGUUAUCUGCAAUAUCCCAAGAAAACUUGACUGAAUUCAGACUUCUGAAUCAAUCAAGCAAUCGAAAUCCAGGAUGGAAAGAUAGUUUACAGUCUCUAUUGAAUCUUAUCGAUGAGGAAAACUUCCAAGCUGAAAUCUGUGGAGAAACUGUUUCAUCAAAUUCCUAUUAUCAUAUCAAAAAUGAUUUUCCAAGAACUUCCACGUUUUUUGGUUUUUUGGAAACUGAACGAAGGAGAUAUUUGAGAACUUCAGGAAAUCCUGAAGUUCAAAUUGUUAAAGCACAAAAUGGUUAUUGGAAUAUGUUUGUAAACUUUGAUUUGGAAAAUGUUAUGAGCUUUUCUGUUUCUCAAAAGUAUAAAAUAGUUCUUGGAAGCCCUUCGAAAGGUAUUCAAAUCACUGAAAUGUCUAUAAAAUCAAUAGAAGUUAGUGGUGCAUCUUGUAUGAGUAAUUCGCCGGUUGUUGAUACUUGGAAUGAUCAGAAUCAGGAUUCAGACACAAAUAUGAGUGUUGAGGAGUUUAUUGAAGAUGUGAAGCAAAAAAUUCCAUUUCUAGAAUAUUCUGAGCAACGGAUAUUUUCUCCAAGAUUUCACGAUGGAUUGAUUGACACGUAUUCGAAGUUUGAUGGGACGUGGACAUCUAGUGAGUUCAAGAUUCCACGUGGAAAUGUGAAAAUUCAAAAAAAGCUGAAUUCCAGAUGAAUUUAUUGCAUACAUGGUUCGAUUAAUGAGAAGAUAUAAAUUGGUUUCCAAAAAUGUUUCAAAAAUCCUGACAAUCCAACAAAAUCAUACUGUAUUUCAAGUUGUUCUAACUCUUGAAAAUAAAAAAUAUCCAGAUUCCUUGUCAGUUGAAUUAUGGACCAUGCAAAUAGAAGGCAAACCGAUGAAAGGAGAAUGGAGAAUUGUGAGAAUAUUUUUGAGACCUCCACAAAGUUCAGGAAAUAUAAUUGAAAAUCAAUGGUUAUCGGAAUAUAUUGAAGAAACCGAGAAGAAAAUUAUUGAUGGAAAUAUUUUGAAAACUAUUGAUUCAAAGUUGGAAAAUAUUACGAUUUGUAAAGAAGUUCAGAAAAUCUCCAAGGAGAUGAGACAAAGGAAUUUUCAUGAAACUUAUCUUCAAUCUUCUGAAAAUCAAUCGGGACCUUUAUAUUUGAUAAAUUGUCAAUCUGAAAUUAUCGAUCCAACGAAUUUCAAAGUGAUUUGUUUGUUUUCAGGAAUUGGGGCGGUUUUUGAAAGUCGCGUGGAUUUUCAAGUUUUGUUUGUGAGUUUUCGAGGAGAUUUGAUUUGAAAACGAAAAUUGGUUUCAGAAUUAUAAGAAGGAGAAUUUCAAUGUUCGAAAGAUGGAGAUUUCAUGUUUGGCUGAAGUUUGA